ACGAAACAUCGUUUGGUCAGAAAAUUUGUUAGUUUGUCGGUUUAAAGAGUUUCUAUUCGGGGGCGUGUCUUUCCCAUGCAUCGGUAUGCGGAUGACCUCGGCUCGCGCGUGCGGUCACCUCGGUUCGUUUGUUCUACGGCAAGAUUGACAGGCGCGUAGGCGGGAUUUAAGACACUCGACCAAUCGGCGUCGAGUAGACACUUGUUAGCUGCAAAUUGGCCAAUUUAAUUGGCCAGCGAUAAUGAACGAUCAUCGUGGGAACGAGUAAUUGAGAAAAUUCACAUUGUGAAAAUGAAUUGUUUAAAGUCUUGAGAAAUGUCAGUCCGCAAACGGACAAAUUUCAUGAUAGCAACAGGUUGCGGUUCCCCGAAGAUUUGAACUGUUGCGCUUGGAUUAAGCAGUGGAUAAAAUAUAUAAAUCGACAAAUAAACAAAACGCCGCAAAACCACUGAAUGUGCAAAGUGCAUAUGGAGAAACAUUUUUAUCUGGAUUGUUAAUUAAUUACAGCAUUGCGUGAUCGUUUACAAUGGAUGAAUCUCCUGAAAAAACCGAGAAGGUUUCCUCAUCUAAUAGACGGAACAACAAGCCUCUCAUGGAGAAACGCAGACGACAGCGAAUCAACGACUGUCUCGUGCAGCUGAAGUCGCUCGUGCUUCAGGCCAUGAAUAAAGAUACGACACAGUAUUCCAAAUUAGAAAAGGCGGACAUUCUCGAAAUGACCGUAAAGCAUCUGAAAAUGGUCCAAAGACAGCAAAUGAACGUGGCCAUGACGUCCGAUCCAAACAUGAUCAGCCGGUACCGGGCAGGAUUCAACGAGUGCGCGGCGGAAAUUGCACGCUAUCUCGACACCGUCAACGGCGGCAAUCCGGAACUGAAAACGCGCGUGAUGGGCUACCUAGCAAACAGUAUGAUGCAAUUUCCGGUGAUCCCAGUCUACCAAGGAGUGCCCUAUCACAUGCAGAUAACGUCACCGGUGACGUCACAACAAGCGUUCGGACAGUUAAGCAUGCCGGUUGCGUCGAGCACCCCUUACCCACAACAUUACCAUCAACGCGAACACUUUCAUGUGACGUCAAAACGUGAAAUCAAGCCACAACCGCUCAGUAUAAGUCCAAUUAAAACGGAACCUACCCACGGUGACGUUCAACAGCGUAACGUUCAUGCUCCGUCGCCCGUCCGACGGGUUCCCUCGCCGUGUGACUCCGACAGUGGUCUAAGUGACAGUUCAAACUCGUUUUCGCACGAUGAAAAUGGGAAUUACUCGCACUUUAACGUCAAUGGUCAACAAGCGCGACUGGACACUGACCAUAGAAUGCACAGUCGGACCGAACAAUUCCGCCACGAACCGUCGCCGCCACAUGAUUAUGUCACCGGGCGACGUACGAGUCCCAAACGCCCGUGCGAGGACGGAGUUGAUCUAAUGUCAAAUAAACGUGUAAGAGCCAACACCGGUGACGUUAACUUCGCCAAUGAGAGACAAUUCGGACGAAAUGGCGACGUCGAAUCAAUGUGGCGACCAUGGUGAUACUAAAUGUCACGUUACGUUACGUUAGUGCUUGCUCGUUACGUUUGUUGUUGUUGUUUCUAGGAAUACUCAGGGUUCGCAUCUUAAUAGAGUCUUUUAUGUAUCACAGGAAAUUGUUUAUGCGGACGUUUCUUGACAAGGAAUCGGAUAAAAAUAACAGAAACUGUUAUUUUGCAUCAUAAGCAGUGUAUUGUAAAAAAUCGUUAUGCAUGUAGUAAUAUAUUUAAUAUUAAGAUUUUCCUUGAAUGAAGAUACGUCGUUGAAUCACACUUACGUCUGUGGAGUUGACUGUAUUAAAACUUGAAUAAUUUAUAUUACACAUGUAUUCUUUAAAUUGAAUGUAAUUAAAUGUUCGUUCUUUUUUCUUGUAAAGAGAAACAUCUUGUUGUUAACAACAGUAAAAUAAAAUAAAAAAAAUCAGGUAAUACACAUAUUUUUUAGGGCAACCCUUGUGAAAUCGAAACUUAAAUACUUUUUUGGAACAUUGAGUCACCAGUUUAACAGUUGCAUAGCCUUUGAUAAAACAUAUGUCUUUUAGUAUCGACAAUUAUGUAAAUCUACUUAUGUGUGAUUUUUUCGUUUUUGAAGGUAAACUCUUCCAUUUGUACCAAGCUUAAAUGAUUGAUCUCAGUAUAUGUUUAGUUUCUUUUUGUUUCUGUUCAAAAGACGGUCGUUUACUAGCGACAUACAACAAUAUUUGACUUACCGCAAAUGCUAGAAAUUAUUUUUUUGAAAAAUAGAUACAUCGAUUGGUGCUAUUUUUCCCUCGGGAACGUUGACAUUUUUAUUGAAUUUCAUUACAACCAUUUUUCAAAAGAUAAAAAAAUAACACCAAAAGAAUUGCAUACAACCCAAGUUUACCAUUAACUUGAAUAUACUAACUGUGUAUAUGUUUCUUACAUAUCCAUCGUUAACAUUAACAUCUUAGAUCCAUACUUGCCAUGUAUCUUACCUGUCAUUUUAUUUGCUAACUUUAAUCAAAUUUCCUGAUAAAUACCCGAACAUGGGUGUGAUAAUGUUAUACCUAUUAACGCAUAACAACGAGUUUUCCUGAUAAAUAUAACAAAUUCUACGUCAUUAAUUGUGACGCAGUUUAUUGUUAACGACAAUGUACAAUUUUGCUGCUAUUCUAACUGUGUAUGUGAACCUUAAACCAACACGUUUAUGUUAAAUGUUUCUUUUGUGUUUGUAGCAAUCCUGUUUUUAUUGUUGUUAUGUUAUAAAGUGCUUCCAAAGAGAUCGUAUAAAUAGCUAUGACUAAAAU